AUUCAUUUUAUACCCGUAAUUACAUUUCUUUUAAUAAAAACAAAACAAAUUAAAAUCUAAAUAGAAAAUCUAAUGUUGUGUUGUACGGUUAUGAGUCGUACUAAACUGAUAUUUCUUACGAAAACAUAGUGAUGGCAGACCAGUUUUGCUUACGUUGGAAUAACUUUCAAACGAACAUUGUGAAUGCUUUAGAUUCGUUGAAGUGUUCUGAAGACUUGGUUGACGUUACGCUUACUUGCGAAGGGAAAAAUAUCAAGGCCCACAAAGUAAUACUGUCAGCUUGCAGUCCCUACUUUAGGAAUGUAUUCAAGGAAAAUCCAUGUCAACAUCCUGUUAUCAUUCUAAAAGAUGUGUCCUCUGAUGAUAUUCUCGGUUUACUAUCGUAUAUGUACCAAGGAGAGGUUUACAUAGAAGAAAGCAAACUGUCUUCAUUCUUACACACAGCUGCCUUGCUCCAAGUUAAAGGUUUAACAGGAGUAACACAAAAUAAUGAAAAUAUAGCAUCUCCGAAUGUGACAAACAAGCUCUAUACUCAGCUCACAAUAUCCUCAAAGCAUAAUGUUGGUUGUCACAAGGAAACAAAAAUUCCUGCCCUAAAGAAACGAAGAAGCAGCACAUCGGACAAACCAAGUGAUUUUCCUCCUAAUGAUGGUUACAAUAAAAAAGUUAAAACUGUUGAAUCAUGUGACAACCACAUCAAAAACAAUGGCCCUCAAACCAAAUGUGAUAAUUCUUUUACUGAAAAUAAUAAUGUAGAUAAAAAACAGGACACACUAGCGGUUACAAAUGGGAAAAGCUUUAUUCAGGCAAAGGUACCAGAGGACAUUCCAGUGACAGUGAAAACUGAAUGGAUAGAAGAAAACACAUCACCACAGAAUUUGGUUACAGAAAAUGAUGACAGCCUGCCAGAUUACGAAAACAGUAUGCUUGCCAGAUCUUUACUAUCAGGUAUUAAGCCCACUAAAUGUGAUACAAACACGACAAGUCCCUCUAUAAAGAGAGUGCCAAAUGCAACUGACAUACAUACCGGAUCACGACCCAAGGACACACACCAAGAUUAUAAUCCUAUAGCUAAGAGCCCCAGCAAGAACCCUACAAUUGAAGAAUCAACUAUUAAAACGGAAAAGUCUUCACCAAAAUCUGAUAAUGAGUAUGAACCAGAGGUCCUAUUGUCGGAGCAACAGGAUAGCACAGAAUCGGAGGGUCCCUAUUCCCAGGAGCAGCAGUCGCAGGCACUGCUACUUCUGGCUGGCAUGUCGUCUGUUCCCACUCUGAAUAGUGGGGCAUCGACAUCUCAGGCAGUAUCACACCAGCAGUCCAAUCAUGCUGCCAUAUGCGGUGAUUGUCCUCACUGUGGAAUGAAGUACUCCAACCAAUCUGCUCUGAAGUAUCAUGUGAGGUUAAUGCACUCGGAUCUAACAAACAGGCUGUGUUGCUACCUCUGUCCCCGAUCUUUCACUAUGAGAGAGACAUUCAAGGAGCAUAUGUGGACAAGUCACGGUCAGAGAAACUGAUCUUUAUGAUGUGCCUUAUCAUUGUAUUCGAAAACAAAAAUUGUGCCUUGAAUAUAUUUUUAAAUGUCAUUUACACUUCCAAUGUUUUUUAAAAUUGGAUGCCACUAUGUAAGUAAUGCCUUAUCUGAUUGUAGGAGUUGUUGAUAAUAUUAUGUAAUUUUAUUACCUUGCAAGUGCAAUGGCAAUUAGAUCUCCUUAUUUUGCAAAUAAUAUUUGUUGCAUUACAUUUCUUUAUUGAAUAUUUAGAUUAAAUAUUCAGAUAGAUAUAUCCGGUAUAUUUAGAUAUGUGCAGCGGAGAUAUUAUGUUAAGUUUCAUAAAUGUAUAAAUUGGUAAAAAAUGAUUGUAAUUAUUUUUGCAGCCAUAGAAUCGCGCAAAAUUACAAUACUUACGUUAUUUUGAGGUAUAUUAUUGUCACCAAUUGUUAUUAUUGUCAUUGGUCUGUUGAGAUUUGAUGACCAGAGUAGAGACAUUUUUAAAAUCGUGCGUUAUUAUACGUCUGACAAAACUAUCAUGCUAAAAAGGUUACGCAAAAUAAUUUGCACAAACACUUGAGUGGUCGAUUUGUGUCAACUUUUUAAUAGAUCAAAGUAAUGAAUAUAAUAUUUUUGUUAAAUUAAUGAUCCAGUUAAAAAGCAGAGAUUAUGAUAAAAAUAUUGUCUUUUUUGCCAUCAAUUUCUGAUGCGGUUUAAGUGGACGCCUUCUGUGUGUACUAAAUGAAAAAAUAAAAUGAAGCAGUAUUUUUUCGACCUACAUUAUUUACAAAACUAUAAAGAUUUUAUAUUAACAAAUUGAUUAGGAAACUACAUUAUAAAGAUUUUAUUAACAAAUUGAUUAGGAAACAUUCAUCAGUUACAAUACUGGUUACUUGCAUCGGUGAAAUUUUUUACUAGUUGAUGUAUAUUUUAAGUUGGGAUUAAUUUUAUGUUAUGAUAAGGGUAGUUUUAUUUUUAUUGGUUGUUUUUGUGGAUAUAAAAUCAGUAUUUUAGGCAAUAUUGGAGAAAAUCAAGUCAUUUUGACUGUUGCGGUUAUUAGGCAAAUGAUAUUAGUGAUAUUUUUAAGAUUUUUGCUGGCUAAUAGGUGCCAAUUCGGAUUAAUGUAUCUGUUUUAUAUUUAUAAGUGAAAUAGAUAGUAAUUUGAUAUAAAUAUAAGUUAGCCUUAUGAUUAAUUAAAAAAAGUUUUUACUUGUUUGUUACCUACAUUAAAUUAUGUCUAAGUGUAAGGAUCUUACAUUUCGAAUUACAUAAUAUUGUUCAAUACAUACGAUAAUAGUAUAUCGAGAAUUGAAACUGUUUUGUUUCAAUACAAUCAUA